CGUUUCCCCUUUCGCUCCCCCCCCACACUUUUAAGGUCCGUCUCGCGCGGCGCAGUGGGCCCCGCUGAGUCGGGAUGAGCCGCGCUGCUUCCCCAUGGAGACCAAGCGGGCCGAGAUUCCCAGCGGCGUCCUGGACGACCUGUGCAGUCGAUUUAUUCUGCACAUUCCCAGCGAGGAACGGGACAAUGCCAUCCGAGUGUGUUUUCAGAUUGAGCUUGCCCAUUGGUUUUACUUGGAUUUCUACAUGCAGAACACACCAGGAUUACCUCAGUGUGGGAUAAGAGAUUUUGCUAAAGCUGUUUUCAGUCAUUGCCCUUUUUUACUGCCUCAAGGUGAAGAUGUGCAGAGGGUUUUAGAUGAAUGGAAAGAGUACAAAAUGGGAGUGCCAACCUAUGGUGCCAUUAUUCUCGAUGAGAGCCUUGAAAAUGUGCUGCUGGUCCAGGGUUAUUUAGCAAAGUCUGGCUGGGGAUUUCCAAAAGGGAAAGUGAAUAAAGAGGAAGCUCCACACGACUGUGCUGCUAGAGAGGUAUUUGAAGAAACUGGUUUUGAUAUUAAAGAUUACAUCAAUAAAGAUGACUAUAUUGAAUUGCGAAUAAAUGAUCAGCUGGCACGCUUGUACAUCAUUCCAGGAAUUCCAAAGGACACAAAAUUUAAUCCCAAAACAAGGAGAGAGAUUCGGAACAUUGAAUGGUUCUCAAUUGACAAAUUGCCUUGCCAUAGAAAUGAUAUGACUCCGAAGUCCAAGUUGGGUUUGGCACCUAACAAGUUUUUCAUGACCAUUCCCUUCAUCAGACCACUGAGAGACUGGCUUUCUCGGCGGUAUGGAGAUUCUUCUGAUAGUGACAAUGGAUUCUCAUCAACGAGUAGUAGCACACCACCUAAACCCAACAUGGAAAAAAUGAGAUCCAAACUCCAUUAUAGCCAGCCAGUGGUUACAGAUGGUCCUUCAGGAGACCAGUGGACGAAACAAAGGCAGUUGCAGCAACAGAAGCCAUAUAUCAAUCAUUUUGAGACGUCUGAUGCGUUAAAACUAAAGAACCCACGUAGCAAUGGUAGAAAGCAAUACCAAGACACUCCCAAUCAAAAGAAGAAAACUAACGGAAUGCAAAGUCAGCCAGCUAAACAGAACCAAACUUUGAAAUGUGAAAAGAAGUUGCAUCCCAGGAGACUUCAAGAUAAUUUUGAAACAGAAGCAGCAUAUGACAUGUGUUGUGUCAAUGAAGACCAGCUCUUAGAACAUGGACAAUCAGGGUCAUGCAAUGGCCACUGCAAAUUCACUUUCUCCUCACGAGCUUUUCUGAGCUUCAAGUUUGACCAUGACGCUAUCAUGAAAAGUUUUGACCUUUGAUGGUUGUUCAUUUGCACAAGUCUGCCACAGACCUGGUGCAAAGUAGCUGAGCAGGUUUCUUAAAUCCAGCCUUUACCCUUUCUCAGGUUUAAAAGCAAUGCAGGGACCUAGUGAUGGGCUGGAAGGCUUCUCAUCGCAAUAUGGGAGUAACACCAUUACAGUGUUGCACUUUAAAUGCAGUAUAGCUUUUACCUGCAGAGGGGAAAAAUGUUUUCCAGUGUUUCAUUUGCUAGUUCCCAACUAUGCAUUAGAGGGCAUUUUUUUGCUGUGUGUUUAGAAGUAUUUUAUUUAGCCCUAGUGCUAUACUAACCUCUUAAGUGUUUAGAUUUGCUCUGAUGUACAAUAAUUCUUUUGUUUCCAGUAUGUCACAACAGGGUGGCAACCGACAUGAAACUUCUGAGGACACACCUGUUUUGUAUUCUGGAUAUAGUUUUGACCUCUUGUGACUUUGUAUGCUAAAAGGCAAAUUUCUCUUUUUGCUAGUUCAGGAUCCUCCUCCCUCGGAUCUUCUGGUUUUUGAAACUAGUUUCUUCCGUUUGAUUCUCUUUUGCACUGUACCAGGUUUUUUUUAAGGCAUGUUUUAAAAUGGUAAUGGUAUCAUGAAAAGCUGAAUUCUGCUCAAAAAUUGUCUCUCCCCUCCUCUCCAGUUCCAGUAGGAUUGGGUGGUGGUGUUCAGCCAUGGUAAACCUGGUUUUCUUGGUCUGAUUUUGCUGUUUCUACCAUUUUGUAAUAACAGCAACUAGUUUGAAUAUGCAGCAUGUUAAAAUGUGGAUUUAGGGGGGGAUAAUUUUACUGUAUAGAAUGUAAACUAGCCUUUUUAAAGUACUGCGAGGAGAGAAUUCAAAGCAUGUUCAGGACAGCACAUGACAUUCAACCUAAUGAAUUUUGUUUUGUCAUUGUACUGUUUUAUUCUAUUCUGCUAUAUUUUUACCAAUAUCUUUCUGGUUCAACAUUGAGUUUGGUGUCAACACAAUAGCUGCAACAGUUUUAACAUUUUAACAAGAAUGCAGCAAGGAGUGCAAGAGAAAGGCAUUUAAGUUUUUAUUUUAACAAAAUGUACAGAUUGCUUAAUCUAAAAAAAAAUGGUUUACAAAACGACGUCCCAUGAUUGUUCUGAAGGCAUGACUGUGAACAUACCUUACCUACAGAGCUGCUGCUGAAUUUCUCUCUCUCCACAUCCUGCCUUUACCUUGGCACUGUAGAAGAGCUUGUAAUAAGUGUUUGGGAUUUCAAAAGUCAAACUUCCAGCCUACCUGGGUUAAAGUUUGGGAACUGUGUAAACCAGGCAUCCCCAAACUGCGGCCCUCCAAAUGUUUUGGCCUACAACUCCCAUGAUCCCUAGCUAACAGGACCAGUGGUCGGGGAAGAUGGGAAUUGUAGUCCAAAACAUCUGGAGGGCCGAAGUUUGGGGAUGCCUGGUGUAAACCAUUUAUAAUUUCGCAUAGUGCCUCUUCUCUUGCAAAAUCUGUAUAAUCUCCCUUGCUGAAGGACUGUCAAGGAAAGUAUAAACUUUGUGAGUCUCCAUUUUGCCUGGGAAAGAAGCUCAAAUUAACUUCCAAGUAAAUCAGGUUUUAUUUACAGGCCAUUUUAAAUAUUGUUGAGUGACAGAUUUGCAUAGUUACAUACCUGCCAGCCACAUCCAUAAUUUAUUCAAAUUAGCAAAUUCACUGGAUCUGCUAAUCUGUUAAGGCAGUUGAAAGGUUGGUGAUGGACGGAGACACCACUUUCCCCCUGUCCACCUCUAUUUCGAGGGGAAAUUUUUGGUCAGUAUUUAGUGCAGUUUGACUUUCUAUAGCAAUAAAAGUGCCUAACUUGCUAACUUCUCGUUCAUGGCAAAUUGCAUUUUCAGACUGCUUGUGCCAAUCUUCUUCUGAUAUGUAGCUUGAUUUCCCAGGAAUAUUACUCUUUAUGCUGUUUCCUUUUUGGUACACCAUGGAACUCUGGCACAGUUAUGUGAAUUACAGAUAUGAAAUGAAUUCCUUUCUGACAAACACUUAAAUCACUGUACUAGCAGUGAGACAAAAGUGAAACAGCUUUGUGUUCAGAGUGUGCAAGUUCUGCCCUAACGUCUGGAUAGGCGAAGUGUAGCUUCCAUUUUGCAAUUCUUUAGCAAAGACAGUGUCAAGCUUCUUCAUGGAUAACUUCCCAGAAGCUAUAAAAGACUAACUUGGGUUUGUUAAAUCUAGCCUUAAAAUGGGUUGCAAGUAAACAUCGUAAAUAUGCAAUAAUUUUCACUUUUACAAGGUACCAUGUUUCAUAAAGUUGUGUUCCUUAAUUUAAUUAUCAUGUAUUAAGAGUGUCUGGAAAUAACUGUUUUAUGGAUUCCUGGGUGUCCUGCACUGUGAACAUUUCAGGUUGUUUACUUUUAAUUUGUUUGUAUGGUAUGAGUUUUUUUGUUUUGCUUGCAAAGUGUUUAAAUGAAUCUUUUUAUACGCGUGUAUUCCAAAGUCCAGGCAUAUGGUUUACAUAGAUUUCUGUAAAACAAUGAAGAAAAGGCAAUUUGGGAAUUGUGAAUUUUUGUUUCUCUGUGGGCAUUUUAAAAGAUGGGGGAAUAUAUGAUAUGUGAAUGGAUUUGAGAUAAUCUUUAUGGAAAGAUCGAACUGCUUGAAUGUUGACUGCUGGUCUGAUGUGCUUGAGGAGAUGCAACAAAUUCUGUGCUGCACCUAAUUGCAUUACUUGUCUGAUCCUUUUGAGGUCAAAUUAUUUCUGCUACAAAAGCAAAGGAUGCUCAGCAGACAAAAGACUUUAAAAAGGAUUCUUGGGACUGCAUACUGAGUUUUUGGACAAUGGUUUUGUAUAAAUGUAUGUGUGUCUAUGAGUUGCUUAGUGAAGCUUUAAUUUAUAGCUACUCUGUUUUGUUUUGUUUUUGGUGGCUCAUAAAGUCUGUGAUUUCCGCUAGACUUGUGUGCUGUUGAAAGCUUUGUAUUCAAUAUCUGAGCUUGAGAAAGCAGAAUUGAGGAGAAAGGAGCAGUUUUAACAUUUUGCUGCACUACACUUUUCCAGGGGUUAAGUUGGUCUUUAGGCUCAAAUAUUUGUGUGCUAAGGUUAGCAGUUUGCUUUGCAGAAUUGGAGUACUAAAUACUGGUAAUACAACUGUGGCAAAAAUUCCUCUGAUUUUAGUUGAAUUUUGGGGAUGUUUUGCAUGGUUGGUUGCAGGAAAAGAGCAGCAAAAUUUUGCACAGUGGCCCAUGGCUCCUAUCAAGCUUGUGAUGUACAACCACGUAUUAGUGCUGGAGAUUUAUGAAAGGGCCCUUAGAGCAGCUUCUGACAUGAAGCUUGGUAUUUGACAGCUGGUGAUUCUCCUUGUUCCUUCCAUUUCUGUCCCAUCUGAAACGGAACUGCCAGUUGCAAAUGUUCUGAGUCUGGAAGCUUGUGAGUUUUUCUUAGCUGGCCAUGCAGAGGUUAUGAAUGUUCCUCUGCAGCCCAAGAAGUCUGAGCAUAGCUGUUAUGGUAGUUCUUAAUUGUGAAACAUGCAAUUCAGGUUUUCUUUCUCACAGUUCCUUACACUAGAGUGCUUACGUGUGACAAUAAUUUACUGUGCACUGUGAAGGCAUCCUUACAGGGAAGUUAGCUAUUACUGAAAUCUUGGUAUACUCUUUAAACAUAUGUAGCUAUAUCUUUUUCACAAAGGGAAAGAUAAAUAGGCUUAAAACCUUACUUUUUGCAGUACAGUGGUACCUCGGUUUGCGACUGCAAUCCGUUCUGUGGAGGCGGUCACUUGCUGAAGCGGUCGCUCCCCAGAGGCACGCUUCUGCGCACGUACGCGCUGCGCAGAUCGCAUCUGCGCAUGCGACGCCGCGGAACCCGGAUGUAAACACUUCCAGGUCCACAGCGGUCGCUCGCGCAGAGGUAGACGUAAACCGAGGUUUGACUGUAAGCACUGACUGAUGCAAUAUGGCUUGUAUGCAUAUAUAUUCCGCAUGCAUUUAUGGUUGCUUUUAUUUUUUGAUAAGAACAGUGGAAAAAAUAACCUCUCCUUAAUUUGUUAUUGUCAGGAUCACGAAAAUCCUAGUGUCCUGCCUGGUUUUGAACUCUUCAACCAGUUUUUUUUAAAAAAAUAUUUAAUCUUUUUUGACAACGAUCCAAGGAGCCACAUGGCCCAUUCUGUGCAUUUGUGUAUUUAAGUAGGGUUGGAACUGAUUUCUCCCCUUCCACCCCCCUUUCCCCCCCUUUUAAGCAGUAGCAUUUUAUGGUAUGUAACAAAUAACUGCUUUUAAAAUGGGAGAAGUGAAAAACAAUCUUGUUGCGCUCUACAAAAGCAGCUCUUUGGAUUCUUUGCUGCUGUGGUUUAAAUAACUUAAUGAAAUCUGUAACUGUGGUAUAAACUAUUAGAACUGUGCUUGGAAAUGAUGUACAGGUUGCUGUUUUAAGUUGAUUGAACGGACCAAUGUUAUUAAAAAAGUGACAUUUAAUUUGUGUCAUUAAUGAAGCAUAGAUCACAUCAAGAAAGGAAUGUACAUUUUACAAAUAUUUCUAAAACUACAAAUAUUUUAUAUAAAGGAUCAAUGAUGCUACCUUUCAUAAUGACUGUAGCCACAGUAUUCAACUACAGGCUUCUUCUUGGCCAAAAUUGGUUCAUUCUUUCAAGCUGAACAAUUUUAACGUAACUAAACGUUCUCUGAAAUAAAUUAUACUUUAACAGCCUGAAAAUGUGUGUUUAAAUAGUAGGAUUGUUCACUGCUAUGUUUUGUGAAAAAUGGCAUUGCUACAGAAGGGUGUGCUUUUGAUAGGAGGAGGUGUGCAUUCGGCAAUGACCUAAUCUGACAACUUGUGUUAUUUCAAAAUACUUUAAUGUACAGUGAUUUGCAGCCUAGCUUUAAAGAAGAGAUAGUAACAAGUCGUUCUUCAUAAUUUGUGAAAGGCGGAGAGCAGUGGACUAGGUAUGUAUUGCUUUAUUUGUUAUAGGCUAGAUAAUAUAGGUUACUUUUUCACUAAGUUAACAUGGUUUGAGAUUGGUCUAUUAAAAAAGUACACUGUUAUGUGCUAAGUAAGCUAAUGUGUUUAUUUUUAUGUUCAUUGAACAGUUUGUUUUUACUUAUUACUGCUUUUAUAUUAUAAAAAUGCUUACUAGUAAGUUUUGGACUUCUAGAUAACUUGAAAUGUAAUUAUUGUUCUGAACUGCAAAAUACAGCUGGGUCAUGCCUACAAUACUGAUGUAUAAAACAUUGCGACUGGUGUCGUUGCCCCUAGGUAACAGUGUACGAAUUGUCAAGAGAAAGUAUUUUUCUGAAAAUUUGUGGAAUUGCACUUGGAGCCCACAAAACAUGAAAACAUAGCAUAAAAGAAUUGCCAUGUGAGUUGUGUACAUUUUUCCAUUUGUCAUUAAAACAGUUAAUUUUCAUGUUUUCAUAUAAACAAAUGGAAAGCGCUUUAUUGUGCAAGCAGUGAGAAGGGUUCACACAAUGAUAUAUAAAAUAAGAACUAGGAAAGCAUUUUCCUGCCAAGAAGCAGUGACUCUAUAACCUUUGAUAGAAAAGGCCAUGCCAGAAGGCUUAAUGAUAUUUGCAUUAGAAAUUUAUUCAGAAUAUAAGAACAUUUGUAAAAGUAUUAUAAAUGCCUCUGUAUAAAUAAAUGCAGUUUGUACAAGUCUAUAUCAAAUAAAACAAGGUAGCUAUUUUACAGCUGCUAAAGAACUAAAACUGUAGUUUCCCAUGAAAAAUGCAAAUAUAAACAGCAAAGCAAUACUGACAUUUAAUGCAAAAUUAUAUGUGCUUUGUAAAUAACUAACAGUAACAUUCAAGCUGGUGUAAAAGGUUUUUUUAUACCUUAACUGGAAAAUAACAUGUUUAGAACAUGUUCCAUGCAACAUAUGACAAACUCAUCGACUUCUAGAAACCUGUUCUAAUAAUACAACUCAACAUGUCACAUUUAGACAAAAAGGACUGAAUAAUUGACUAGAUUUGUCUUUAAAACAAUCACUUCCGUGUAACAAUGGAAUGGAUAGUUCUGGAAGUUUUGCUUAGCAUGACAAUACAUAGCACACACACGUCAGGUCUGCCUGAGGUCUUGGGCACAGAGAUGGUUUUUAAAAACAGUUGCAUGACUGAAUUUUUGGUAUUUCGUCUUGAGUGGCAGUAACAGAUUUUUGCUUUCAACCUAAACACCUUGAACUCUAUACUGGCAGUAGCCCGUGUCUGCUUUUUUUGAUCAUUCUAGCUGCUGAUUAUGUUCCCUAUGAAGAAGUGACUGCUUGUUGAAGGAAGCAUCUGCUAGGCGGGAGAGCUGCUUCCCACCACAGAAACAUAACCAAAGCUUAAAUUUAAUAGACCACCCCUCCUGUGGAAGGUUCAACAUACUCACAAAAAAUGUUGUUCAUGCUUUAAAGUAGCAUUCUUGCAAUAUUGUCCUAAAACAAAUGGAUCUAUAUUUUCCUGCCAAUAAUCUCUUAAGUGUUUGGUGGUGGGUGGGACGGUUUCCCACCACUUUGCCCCAACCAAGUACAGUUGUAGCUUGGUUUUCGAACAGAAUCCGUUCUGGAAGUUCGCAUCGGGUGU